GAAAGGUCGAUUUACCAUAUUUACCUAAUCCCAUGAGUAAUAAUUUAUGUUGCAUAUUCAUAUACAUAAAUGCUAUAAAAUUUAAAAAUAAUUAUUCAAAACUUUGUAAACUAUCAGAACAACUAUCAAAAUUAACCAAGAUAUCAUUUGAAAAAUGCUUGGUGGCAAUGUUAGCACCAGAAUCUAUACUUAAACAUUAUGCUAUUGAACUAGCAUAUUAUUGUUCUAUCAAUACUUUAUGA